AUUUGGAAUGGAAGAUUAUUUACGUGGGCUCCUCAGAAAGUGAUCAGUAUGAUCAAGUUCUUGAUAGCAUCAUGGUAGGACCUGUUCCUACCGGAGUUAACCAAUUUAUAUUUCAGGUACCUCCUCCGAAUCCAGAGCGCAUACCGCAAAACGAAAUAUUGGAUGUCACGGUAAUCAUAAUCACAUGUUCUUAUAAAGACCAAGAAUUUGUGCGUGUCGGGUAUUAUGUGAAUAAUGAGUACUUGGAUGAAGAGUUGAGGGAAAAUCCACCAUCGACUGUAGUGCUGGAAAAAUUAUACCGAAACAUUUUGGCCGAUAAACCUAGAGUUACGAGGAGGCCUAUCAAAUGGGAUUCUGAAGACGAAACACAGAUGGAACGUCAUCAACAGGAACAACAAUCAUCUGUUCAGGAGAUUAUGGGCGAUGUAACUCAACAGCAGCAAUCACCACCUCAACCACUUGGAUUUGGACCUUCACCACAACCAUCCGGAUUUUCAUCACAAUCUUCUCAACCUUCUACUUUAGGCAUUGGAUCAAAUUUCAUGGAAACGAUAUCAUCCUGA